AUGGAAGAAGCUAGUUUGUGCCUUGGUGUUUCUUCAGCUGUGCCAGAAGCUGACACCCACCUCAACAGCACCAUACUCAAUGGGCAGUAUUCAAUGAGCCAGAAGCUGCACCAGAUCACUUCCCAGCUCAGCCAUGACUUCCCAGAGCUCCAGAACAGGCAGAAUCCAGAGGAGAAGGCAUCAGCACCACUAGAAGACAAAAGCCAAAUGUCCAUAGCAAACCAGCCCAUCAGCAGUCAGAUGGCUCUGUUGGCCAACCAGCUCAAUAGAGAGGUUGAUACCAGUUUGAAUGGGCGCAUGGACCUGCAGCAGUUCUUGAAUGGACAAAACCUAGGCAUUAUGUCUCAGAUGAGUGAUAUAGAGGAUGAUGCCAGGAAAAACAGGAAGUACCCAUGUCCCCUGUGUGGGAAACGCUUUCGCUUUAACAGCAUCCUGUCGCUACACAUGCGAACUCAUACUGGAGAGAAACCAUUUAAGUGUCCAUACUGUGACCACAGAGCAGCUCAGAAAGGCAACCUGAAGAUACACCUGCGUACUCAUAAGCUUGGAAACCUUGGCAAAGGUCGUGGAAGAGUCCGAGAAGAAAACAGACUUUUACAUGAGCUGGAGGAGAGAGCAAUUCUUCGGGACAAACAGAUGAAGAGCAGCCUCUUGCAGCCACCACCUGAUGUGAAAGCACAGCAGCAUGCCCAACCAAUGCCUCUCGCAAACCGUAACUUGUCUGUGCCAGCUAAUCACAGCACACCUGAUAUUUCAAACCCUGUUCCCUCCCCAAAGCCAGUCAGUGUUCAAGAAGAAGUUGUCACUCAGACAGCUGGGUUUAGAUGCACAUUUUGCAAAGGCAAGUUUAAGAAGCGAGAAGAGCUGGACAGGCACAUAAGGAUCCUGCACAAGCCUUACAAGUGCACCCUGUGUGACUUUGCUGCCUCGCAGGAGGAGGAGCUGAUCAGCCACGUGGAGAAGGCUCACAUAACUGCAGAGUCAGCCCAGGGCCAGGGCUCCAAUGGGAGUGGGGAGCAAUCCACCAACGAGUUCCGUUGCGAGGUGUGUAGCCAAGUGUUUAGCCAAGCCUGGUUCCUAAAAGGCCACAUGAGAAAGCACAAGGAUUCCUUUGAACACUGCUGUCAGAUCUGCGGGAGGCGAUUCAAAGAGCCUUGGUUUCUUAAAAAUCACAUGAAAGUUCACCUGAAUAAGUUAUCUGUAAAGAACAAAUCUCCUAAUGAUCCCGAAGUACCUGUCUCCAUUAGCAGCAUGUCCCAGGAAGCUCAUGCAAACCUAUAUUCAAGAUAUCUGUCAUGUUUGCAGAGUGGAUUUCUUCCUCCCAGCAAAGCGAGUUUAAGUGAACAAAAUCAAAUCUAUAACAAAGGAGAUAUGCCCAUGAAAGAGAAAGAAGUCUUGGGGAAGCUUCUUUCACCUAUUUCUGGCAUUGGCCACAGCAUGGCUGAAGGGGAUAAACAUUCUUUAUUGGGCUGUCUUAAUCUGGUGCCUCCUCUGAAAUCCAGCUGCAUAGAAAGGUUACAAGCUGCUGCCAAAGUGGCAGAGAUGGAUCCAGUAAACAGCUAUCAGGCCUGGCAGCUUAUGGCAAGGGGAAUGGCCAUGGAACAUGGCUUUCUGUUUAAAGAGCAGCAGAUACAGCACAGCCAUGAAGACACUUUGGCAAAUGCUGGAGUUAUGUUUGAUAAGGAGAAGCGGGAGUAUGUGUUAGUAGGAGCAGAUGGCUCUAAGCAGAAAAUGCCUGCUGAUUUGGUUCACAGCACUAAAAUGGGCAAUCAGAGAGACUUGCCAAACAAACUAGACCCUUUAGAAGGCAGUAGAGAUUUUUUGUCACAUGGUAUGAACCAGGGACUCGAUUACAACUUACAAAGUCAUAGAAAUGUGAAAGAAAAGCCAACUGAAUGCCCGGACUGCGGAAGGGUUUUCAGAACAUAUCACCAAGUGGUCAUUCACUCCAGGGUCCACAAAAGAGACAGGAAAGGAGAAGAUGAAAUAAUUCAAGGUGGUCUUGAUGAGCGACGUGGGUCUGGAAGUGAUCAAGAGUCUCAGUCUGUCAGCAGGUCGACAUCACCAGGGUCCUCUAACAUUACUGAAGAAAGCGGAGUAGGUGGAGGUCUCUCGCAGAUGGGAAGUGCCCAGGAGGACAGCCCGCAUCCUUCCUCACCCUCCUCUUCAGACAUUGGAGAAGAAGCUGGGAGAUCUGUAGGAGUCCAGCAGCCAGCUUUACUGAGAGACAGAAGCCUUGGUUCUGCCAUGAAAGACUGCCCAUAUUGUGGAAAAACUUUCAGAACGUCACAUCACUUAAAGGUCCACUUGAGAAUACAUACAGGUGAGAAGCCUUACAAGUGUCCACAUUGCGAUUAUGCUGGUACUCAGUCUGCAUCCCUCAAAUACCACUUGGAACGGCACCAUCGGGAGCGACAGAAUGGAGCAGGACUACUCUCUGGGCAGACUGCAAGUCAAGAACACAAAGAUGAGACAUCAAGUAAAAGUUCUGUCUUUAUUAGACCAGAUAUAUUGAGAGGAGCCUUCAAGGGGCUUCCUGGUAUCAAUUUCCAAAGCGGCAUGGUCUCGCAGCAGUGGACAUCAGGAAUGCUGUCUUCUGGAGAUCAGCAAGGACAAGCAGCUGGCAUGUCAUCUGAAGUAUCUUCAGAAAAUAUGAAGGGUUCAGACAUAUCUUCCAAAGGAAUGCACUUCUCUGAACUUGGCCGUGCUUACCAGAACAUGUUUGGGAAUGGUGUGAACUUUCAAGGGUCUUUGCAAACUUUCAUGGACAGCUUUAUCCUAAGUUCUUUGAAGAAAGAAAAAGAAAUGAAGGACAAAGCUCUCUCAGAUCAACUUUCAGCAAAAGCUCUGGGCUCAGAUAGUGGUGAGGAAAAGAUAAAUAGCAAGUCCUUACAGCGAAAAAUGGAAAAGUCACAAUACGAACCUCUUGAUUUAUCCAUAAGGCCAGAUGCAGACUUCUUCCCCGGUUCAUCGGUCACUGUGCAAGACAAUAUUGCUUGGCAUGGCUGCUUAUUUUGUUCUUUUACAACUUCAUCUAUGGAACUAAUGGCUCUGCACCUCCAGGCUAAUCACUUGGGCAAGGCUAAACAUAAAGACAAUAUCAUAGGGAACACCAAAGACCAAUCUAGAGAAGCUUCAGCCCCAGUUAAUAAAAUGAGCUUGCUCCCCUCUUCUGUGCAGUCCAGCAAGGAAGCUGUAGUUUCAAACAUGCUGAGCCAGCUGGACUCAGCUUCUGAGAAAAUGAUACAAGGACAAAAUAAAGAGACCCUGGGAGAGCAAAAGAACACUGCCUGGCCCAGCCACAUGGAGUCCACUUUUUGUAAUUUUACAACAGACUUCUAUAAGCAGUUUGGUGUUUAUCCUGGUGUUAUUGGCAUGGGAACACAAAAUUCUUGCACCAGUAAUGAAUCUGAAAUAAAAACACAAUCAGAAGAUGACCCAAAUAUUCUGCUCUCUGACUCUGUAAAUAAAAGUGCUGCUGAUGACCUUUCUGAAAUAGCUUCAUCUGAGGACAUGGAAUCUUCCAAGGAAGAAAACAUUGAAGAUGAGGACAUUGACACAGAACCAGAUAUUAUGAAUAAGCAGUUGUCUGCCCCAAAUAAAGAAAGCAGUGAAGGAAGCAACAACAUACAAAGUGCAGUCACCUCACAAUCAACACAAGGGCUCAUAUCACCACUGCCACAAGCAUCAGAAAAGCAGUGGCACAGUCAGAAUCUUCUAUCCCCCCAUGAAACUGCACAAGGAGUGAUGAAACCUGAACAAGUUCAGGGUCCACAGGUCCUGGAGAAGCAGAUGAACAUGUCAGUCCUAAGAGCUUACAGCUCUGAUGGCUUAGCAGCCUUUAAUGGACUUGAAAGUAGCACAGCAACUAGUGGAUAUAUCAAGAGACCUGACUUAUGUGGUUACAGGCCUUUCCAGUGCAGAUACUGCCCGUACAGUGCCUCUCAGAAGGGAAAUCUGAAGACCCAUGUUCUCUGUGUCCAUCGCAUGCCUUUUGACAACAGCCAGUAUCCCGACCGCAGGUUCAAGCACUCCAGAGUUGACUCCGAAGCUUCUGGGAAUGUGGAGGAACCUGCAGCUGUCAAGCCAGGGAGCUCGGCAGAGCUAACAGAGGAGGGCAAGGUCCAGGAGUGA